AUGAAGAUUGGGGACUACUGUCAAAGGACGUGUUGUUCCUUUAUUCAAUCAACCACUCCUUCCACGGCACCAUCUACUACUCCAUCGACAACUCCGUCCACUAUCCCUACCACAACUGCAUUCAGAACUUCUUUGGAAAAGUUCAACGACGCAAUGAAUAACGACGGCGCAUUCAAAUCACUCAUGGAUGUAAUUAAUUUUAACUCUUCCGCUUCUGAAGGUCUCAAAAGAUUCAGAGUGUAUUCUGAUGCAAAGAAAGAAGUGGAUGAGCAUAACAUUAUGUACACUUUGGGAAUGACUAGUUAUAAAAUGAUAACUAAUGAGUUCUCAGUAGCGUUAUCCGGAGAAAUCGCUCCUCUCACCCUCAAUCUAGAUGCUCUCACUCCUACAGUAAUCCCCGCCACGUCACCAUCGCCAAUCCGAUCUAAAAGACAAACAACGGAUAGUGUUGACUGGAGACCGUAUAUGAAACCUAUUCUAAAUCAAUUGACGUGUGGCGGCUGUUGGGCGUUUUCUAUGAUCGCAAUGGUCGAGGGAUUCUUUUCGAUUCGAGGAUACGAUCCAUCAAGUCUCUCAGUACAACAGCUUCUGAAUUGUGACACUGCCAAAGAUUUGACUUAUGGAUUGGCAAAUGUUGGAUGUAAAGGAGGAUAUUUUCAAAUCGCUGGGACGUAUAUGGAGAGGACUGGAGCCAGAAAUGCAGAGGAUAUCCCGUUUGAUAUGGAUGAUUCUUCUUGUGACUCCCCAUAUUUUCCUCCUGUCGUCCCUACGAUUCUGUUGUUUGAUGAUGGCUAUAUAUCUGGAAAUAUAUCAUCUGAUCAGUUGAUUACAAUGGAACAAAAUAUUGAAGAUAAAGUCAGAAAAGGCCCAAUUGCAGUUGGAAUGGCAGCUGGACCAGACAUCUAUAAAUAUUCUGAAGGAAUCUACGAUGGUGAUUGUGGAACUUCCAUUAAUCACGCUGUAGUGAUCGUCGGAUUCACUGCUGACUACUGGCUCAUCAGAAACAGCUGGGGGUCCACGUGGGGAGAAGAAGGAUACUUUCGGGUCAAACGAACUCCCGGAAAAGAUCCUUGUCGGUUGUACAGUUAUUGGUCACAAGCUACCGGAGUUGGUGUCAAUGAAACUUACGUUCCACCGAGAGCUGGUGGAGGAGAGUUUGUGAUUCCGACGACAAGUCCCCCAGUGGUUCCAACAAUGGAGAGCAGCAGUGCAAAAAACGAUGAAAAUUUGGAUGAGUGUAGGGAUGGAAUGUGUGAAGAAGAUUGUGGAUGCGAAUACGAUGAUGAUGAAGAUGAAGAUGAUUAUGAAGAGGAUGUCGAGGGGGACAAUGAACAAGUGGAGGAGGCGGAGGAGGAGACGAUCACUUCAACUACGGAUUCAUCAUCUUCUUCUACUACAUCAGAGUCAACCACUACUUCUUCAACGUCUUCAACGACAACUCCAACCACGUCUUCUAGUACAACGACUCCGACAACGACAACUUCUACAACAAGAAAAUCCAUAACGACAGUGACUAGAACUCCACUGAAAACUACUAGAACUAGUCCGACUACUACUAGAAAAACCACGACUACAACUCCGAGACGUACCACCACUUCACGUAAGACGCUCUUCGACAGAUGGUCAGAUGGAUGGAACAACUUCUGGGGUUAA